AUGACAAUGGUGGUUUUCUUAUCUUGUUAUUCUGGAGAAAUGCUUCAUUUAGAGAGCUUGAAUAUCUAUGACGGUUUUUGCCAAAUCCAGUGGUACAACAUGCCGAAGAGGCGUCAAAAAGACAUCUUGAUCAUCCUCAUGCAGGUUCAACGCCCUCUCCGUAUUCAAUACAGAGGAAACUCGGUAGAUCUGAGAGCAUUCAAGCAGGUAAUCAAUGCUACAUAUUCAUGUUUUAUGUUGCUCAAGUCAUUCGCAUAG